UCUUUUAUUGGAGGGACCGGAAGAGAGGUGGAUCCUUUCUGUCGCGAUGUGGGGAGCCCGCAAGCUGAGCUCCUCCGGGAGUCUUUUUUUAAACGUGCUUAGGUUUAGGUACCUGGGCACACAGUCUGGUUGUCCUCGCUUCACUACGUCGGCAGACAUUCUUUUUUUUUCAGUUUAUUCAAAGAAUCAGCUCAGUUGGACUCUACAAAUUAAACCAUGGGUUUUCCAUGAAUACAGAAUUAUGUGGUCCAAAUCCUAUAGAAUGACUUUUGCCUGCUUGAAUACAAUGAAAAGUUAUAGGUACCCUUGGACAAGACUGUACAGUACUUCUCGAACCACUGUAGACAGCAGUGAGGUAAAAACCUUCCUGGCCCUGGCUCACAGGUGGUGGGAUGAGCAAGGAGUAUAUGCCCCUCUUCAUUCUAUGAACGACCUCAGGGUGCCAUUCAUUAGAGACAAUCUUUUAAAAACAGUUGCUAAUCACCAGCCAGGGAAACCUUUGUCUGGGAUGAAGAUUCUUGAUGUUGGCUGUGGUGGUGGAUUGUUAACUGAACCUCUAGGGCGGCUUGGGGCUUCAGUCAUUGGAAUUGAUCCUGUGGAUGCGAACAUUAAAACAGCACAGCGCCAUAAAUCAUUUGAUCCAGUCCUGGAUAAGAGGAUAGAAUACAGAGCAUGUUCCCUGGAAGAGAUUGUGGAAGAGAGUACAGAAACAUUUGAUGCUGUCAUAGCUUCUGAAGUUGUAGAACAUGUGAUUGAUCUAGAAACAUUUAUACAGUGCUGCUGUCAAGUAUUAAAACCGGGUGGUUCUUUAUUCAUUACUACAAUCAACAAAACACAGCUGUCCUAUGUCUUGGGAAUUGUUUUUUCAGAGCAAAUUGCAGGUAUUGUGCCAAAAGGUACUCAUACCUGGGAGAAAUUUGUUUCACCUGAAAAGCUAGAGAGCAUUAUGGAAUCAAAUGGUCUGUCAGUUCAAACUGUGGUAGGAAUGCUCUAUAACCCCUUCUCAGGUCAUUGGCAUUGGAGUGAAAAUACCAGCCUUAACUAUGCAGCUCAUGCUGUGAAACAGGAACACCCCGUGCCUGCUGAGACGGAGACAGAAGAGCUCCGAGCUCAAGCCUCCACCAACUCAAGUGUGCAUGAAGAGCUGAAGAAAUAAAUUGUUUCUGGGGACUGUAGUGCUUGAAAAUAUGAUGUUUAUAAAUACAAAAAAUAUACAAUUCAUCUUUUGAGAGAGGAAUAUGCAGAAAAGAAAGUCAGUAAAAAGAACUAAAAUCUUGAAUAAAAAUUUUUGUUAUUUCAUCUAAUAUCUAUUUUCAGGAGAUUAUUCUGUGAAUGAAAGUUUUGUUGAGGUAUUGUGUGUUAUGUUCCUCAGCCUUUGUUCUAUAAAUAGGGUAUGCAUAUUUCAGUUCAUCUUACGGAUUAUAUAUAUAUAUAUAUAUAUUUUUUUAGCAUGUAUAUAUAUGUUAUAUGUUUUAAUCUAAAAGAAUCUGUAUCUGUGUUUAUUAUUUGAUUUUAAUUAAAGGCAGUUAUGCUUCUCACUGUUGAAAACCAAAUAUCGUUUUAUACCACUUAUAUUUGGAAAGAUAAAAUAUAUUUUUUUCCUUUAAAGUUGUUUUUUGGAAAGCAAAUGAAUUGUUAAAUAUAUGCUGGAUUUAGAUUCAAACGUUAAAAUUAAGAAGUUCAGAUUAUGUUGGACAUCUUUAUAUAGGUCCAUAAAUAUUUUAUGGUGUCUUUUCUUUUAAGUAGAAAGGAUUUUUUUUUUUUGAAAACUCAAUUUUAAAAUUCAGUUAUGGAAAUUUGCUUUUUCAACUAGCAUUUUUAUACCUAAAAGGGCUGACUUAAAAUAUAUUUUUAUGUUUCUUGAAGUAUGUGAGUCUCUGGCUUUUUCAGGGAGUUCAGUGCUAUGUGAGGACAUUCAUGGGGAAUGUGUGAUUGUGUUGCCUUAGAGAAUUUGUUAAAGGUGUUCCCUUUGUUCCAGUUGAUUCCACGGUGGAUAAUUGGAACGCUUAUUGAAUGAGAUAUAUCCUAUCUUUCCCCUCUCCAACACAGCCAAAUAUAUCAAAAGAGUUGUCCUCAUUUUCUCAUUCUCUCACUUAACUCACUCUGGUCCACCUUCCUCCAUCAUUGUUUUGUUGAAACAGUUCUUGCCAAAGUCACAAAUUGACCAAGUAACCAAACCCAAAGACUAUCUUUAGCUUUCAUUCAUUUGACAUUAAUUACCCCACUCCUUGAAACAUUCUCCUCCAUUUCCAUGACUUCCCCUGUUUGACUAGCCACUUCUAAAUCCCUUUUCCUGUUCUAUCCACCCACCUGUUGGCUUUAGUCGGAUGGUUCCCUAUAUCCUUAUUUUUAUAGUCUCAUGUAAAUAAGUCUUCAAAUUACCUUAUUUCGAGUAUGCCAUCUGUUUCCUAUUGGAAUCCUCAAUGAAAAACUGAUCCAAGGCCUAAAUCCCCCAACAUGGCUACUAAGUCCCAAUAUAAUCUGGCCUUGCCUACUUCUCCAGCCUCAUUGUUUGUUUUUUGACAGUAUGCUGGAUUUUAAUAACAAAACAGCUCCUUACAGGUCUUUUGCAUUAUUUUAAACUUUACAUAUUAAAAUAAUUAUAAUUGUAGACUUACAAAAAAGUUCCAGAAGUAAUUCAGAGGGUUCCCAUUCACCCUUCAUGCAACUUCCCCAAAUGUUAACAUCUUUAACUGCAAUACAAUGAUAAAAACCAGAAAAUUAACUGAUAAAACACCAUUAUCUAACCUACAAACGUUAUUUAAAUUUGUUAAUUGUCCCACUCAUGUCUUUUUUUGGAAAUAAGAUCCCACAUUGCAUUAAACUGUCAUGUUUUCUUAAA